AUGAGUUUAUUGAGCAAGAAAACAAAGGCCCAGCUUGAGGAAAUUGCCAGAGACCUAGAUGUCAACAUCAAGUCGUGCAAGGUGAAACAGGCGCUUGUUGACAGGCUGACGGACCAUUUCCUGGAGAAUGCCGACAAGUACGACAAGGACCACGAAUACUACGACUACGUUGUCAGUGUCAAGCAGGAGGCCGAAAAUGAGAACGACGACGACGAAGACAAUGACGACGAAUCUGACGAUGCUGAAAUUAUAGAUAUCGACGACUCCGAUGAAUACGACUCUGAUGACGACUUCGACCUGGAGCCAUCCACCCUCGACAAGAUUCUCGACUACAUCGACAACGAUACUCUGUACGAAAUAGCAGACUACAUUGCCGAGAAGAACUACGAGCUUAGAGACUACCUCAGCGACCCGUUCACCAUCAACGACUUCACCGUCGUUGGAGAGUUCAUCUACUUGUAUCUGCACUUUGCCAAGUCAGUUGCUCUCGGCGAUAUUCGCUUUGUGCCGCAAAUUGUGAAGAGCAACCUCCCAGCAGCAGUUCUCAAGACUCCAGUCACCGACCUCACGCACUUCCUUGAUGCAAACUUCUGGUCCACUGUCCUUUUAUGGCUUCUUGUUUCCUACGGAGCUCCGAAACUCACCUCCUACUACGUUAACUUCACGUACAACUUUGAGUACGACCCAUUCAUUUUCGCGCUUGCCAAAUUGCUGUUUGGUCUGAUACUGUUCAAGACCGAGGUCAGCGGACACGACAUCAAGGACGAGCUUGUGUUCCAGUUCUCCUUCAGGAACUACUCUGUUGAAUACGCUGCUAAGCUCUUCAAGCACUACCUGCUUACGAGCACUCUUCUUCUGAGAAACUACUUUGGCAACUGGGUUCUCAUCGGUGACUUCUUUACCACCUUUGUUGCUCUUUACGCCAACUUGUCCUUCAUAUAA